AUGAUGCAUUGCUGUGUGUUUAUUUCAAAUACAAGUAAUAUUCUUAAAUUUCAGAAAUCGAGUGACCCAGCAUUAGUACCUGUGAUGGUAUAUAUUCACGGGGGAGCUUUCGUGAAUGGCGCUGGGUUGGUUGUCAAUGGUACACAAUUGUCAAUGAAGGGUGUAACUGUCGUUACGUUAAACUAUCGACUGGGUGCACUUGGUUUUCUGUCGACUGAAGAUCAAGCAGCUCCUGGGAAUUUUGGAUUGUUGGAUCAGUUGCUAGCUUUGCAGUGGGUACAGGAUAAUAUACAAGCAUUUGGUGGAGAUCCUGGGAGGGUCACUGUGUUCGGCGACAGUGCUGGAUCAGCCAGUGUUUCACUCCUUCUCACAUCGCCGUUAUCAAAAGGUUUGUUCCAUGCAGCUAUCUGUGAGAGUGGGGUAGGAUUGGCCAACUGGGCCGUGGCUAUGAAGACAGACGUAUUAAGACCAAGAGACAGAGCUAGAUUAUUGGGAAUAGGUUUGGGUUGUAUUAAAGCCACUACACAAGAAGUUGUUGACUGCUUGAGAACAAAAGAUGCGGAGGAUAUCAACAAAGCAGUCGUAAAGAUAGCCCUGGACAGACUUAUGUGGAGUCCAGUAGUAGAUACGUUUUACCAGACAGUGCCAGAUCUUCCUAUUAACAGUUGGAAAAAUGGCAAAGUAAUGGAUGUACCGGUUAUACGAGGAACAAAUUCCGGGGAAUGGGCUGCUUAUAUUGCAAAAAUCCAAGGGAACCACUCUGGUAUUAAAGCCAGCUUUUUCUUGGAGCAAAUCCACGAAUACGUUCAUCAAAGAUUCUUCAAAAAUCGGAAGGUAAUAGAAGAUGAUAUUAAAAUGGUUUAUGCAACACCUUAUAACUUAUCCACACCGGAACUUGUUAGAGACUCAUUUCUUCAGUUAGUCAGCGACGACCUUUUCACAGCUCCUAUAGUUCUAGAAACACAAUUAGAUGCUAAAUUAGGUGGAAAUGGUAAAACAUAUUUCUAUGUUUUCAGUUAUGUUUCAAAAAAUACAUUACCAAAGUGGGAAGGCGCACCACAUGGAUAUGAAAAGGCGUUUGUAUUUGGGGAACCAUUUAACAAAGUGCUGGAUUAUAGCAAUUAUACUGAUAUCGACUGCUUCUUUAGUUUAACUAUGAUGGAAAUGUGGACAAAUUUUGCAAAAUAUGGUGAUCCUACACCACAACCUCUAUAUGGUGCUAGAUGGGAACCCUUCACGUCUGUCUACAACCAGUCCUAUUUCCUACUGGAUUCAUCGACACCAAAAAGCCACCAAAACUUUAGAUAUGAAGCCACAAAACUCUGGAAUGUCGUUAUACCUGCUUUGAAAAAAACAAUAUAGUAUUCAGUUUGGGAUUGUGA